AUGGACUAUCAGUCAGACAGACCACAGUUUGUGAGUCAUAAGGACUGUGCGAGCAACACUGGAGCACCACAAGGAACAGUCCUGUCUCCUCUUCUUUUCACUCUAUACACCAAAGGCUAUAAACAUAACAGGUCUUGUCACUUGGAGAAAUUCUUAGAGGAUUCUGCACUUAUGGGAUGUCUUGAUAAAAGGGAUGAGACAGAGGAGAUGAGUCAGAGGGAGAACUUUGACAGUUGUCUGCAUCUUAACAUCACCAAAUCCAAGGGAUUGGUCUUUGACUUUCGUCACACCAAACAGCCUCUAUGUCCAGUCGCUAUUCCAGGAGAAGAUGCAGAGGUUAUACUGAGUAGUGGCAUGAUGAACAACAACACUGUCAUUGUUUCAGAAUUCAUUCUUCAUUGUGCAAUCGAUUCCCAGCAGAGGAGCCAAACAGUCUCUGUCCUCAUAUUUAUCUACUUUGUAACUCUUUUUGGAAACACUUUGGUCAUAUUGGUCAUAAAAAGUAAUCGUCACCUCCAGACACCAAUGUACUUGUUUAUCGGGACACUGGCAUUCUUUGACUUGCUGAACAGCUCUAAUGUCAAUCCAAAAAUGGUGGCUGUUAUUUUAGACUCCUCUGUUAUUUUGUACGGGCUCUGCUUUUUUCAGAUGAUAUUAAGGUGCCACUUGGAAAUGAGCGAGUCUUUUCUUUUUGCACUGAUGGCCUGUGACCGCUAUGUUGCUGUGGUUUAUCCGUUGCGAUACCCGACACUCAUUACAAACAAGGUGGUUUGGAUGGGAAUCUUGCUUCUUAAUAUCACCAGCAUUGUGCUCCUUCUCCCAUACAUGUUUUUUGCUGCUGAACUUUCAUUUUGCCGUGGUAAUGUGCUGCCAUACUGUUUUUGUGACUAUGUUACAAUGGUGCAUGUUUCUUGUAAUGAAGAUCCCAAAUAUUUAUUGACGUUAUCAUCUACAGUCACUAUGGUUGGCAUAGUUCCCCUAACAAUCAUUCUCUUCUCGUACAUUAGGAUUGUUAAGGCUGCAUUGAAGAUCUCCUCAGUGGAUGGGAAAAGAAAAGUCUUCAGUACCUGCCUGACCCACCUAAUAGUAAUGGGCCUGUUUUAUUUCCCACUCUUGGUGUCAUAUGGCUUACCUGGUAUUGGAGUAAGGCUGUCUAAUGAGGCGUAUAGCGUAAUGGUAAUCAUAGCCAAUGUGGUGCCACCCAUGAUGAAUCCCAUCAUCUAUAGCUUUAGAAAUCAUGAUAUAAAAAUGAGCAUUCUCAAAUUGUUUAUUUCUAAAAAUGUGUCAAGAUUUCGAUAA